AUGACCUGCGUCUCGCCAGAACUCGGGGGCACUGGGCGGGCAGACUUGGGUGAUUGCCAUGGGACCCCAAGGAACCGCGGCUGGAUGGGCAUCAAGCCGCCAAACUCCCCUCUGGAUCGACCACUCAAGACCACCUGUGCGGGAGACCUCAGCCACUACCCAGGGGAGGCUGCCAGGAACUGCUGCUACCAGUGCCCCUCAGGGUUGUCUCCAACACAGCCAUGCCCACAGGGUCCUGCCCACUGCAGGAAGCAGUGUGCACCUGACUACUACGUCAAUGAAGACGGGAAGUGCACAGCCUGCGUGACGUGUUUGCCAGGCCUUGUGGAGAAGGCUCCGUGUUCUGGGAACUCUCCUCGAAUCUGUGAGUGUGAGCCUGGCAUGCACUGCUGCACACCAGCAGUCAAUUCCUGCGCCCGCUGCAAACUUCACUGUUCUGGAGAGGAGGUUGUCAAGUCUCCAGGCACAGCAAAGAAGGACCCUAUCUGUGAGCUGCCUUCCUCGGGAUCUGGUCCCAAUUGCUCCAAUCCGGAUGACUGCAAGACACUUACUAGCCAUGCCACUCCUCGGGCCAUGCCUACUCUAGAAUCCCCAGCCAAUGACAGUGCAAGGAGCUUGCUGCCAAUGCGGGUCACCAACCUUGUGCAGGAAGAUGCUACUGAGUUGGUGAAGGUUCCAGAAUCUUCCUCUUCCAAGGCAAGGGAGCCCAAUCCAGAUCCAGGUAAUGCAGAGAAGAAUAUGACCUUGGAGCUUCCAUCUCCAGGGACACUCCCUGACAUCAGCACCUCAGAAAACAGCAAGGAGCCUGCAAGUACUGCCUCCACCCUAAGCCUUGUGGUAGAUGCCUGGACCAGCAGCAGGAUGCAGCCCACCUCUCCAUUGUCCACGGGAACACCAUUUCUGGAUCCAGGGCCCGUGCUCUUCUGGGUGGCCAUGGUGGUGCUACUGGUUGGCUCUGGCUCCUUCCUCCUGUGUUACUGGAAGGCCUGUAGGAGGCGGUUCCAGCAGAAGUAUCACCUGGACUACCUAGUGCAGACCUUCCACCCCAAGAUGGAGCAGGCGGAUUCCUGUCCUACUGAAAAGCUAACCCAGCCACAGAGAAGCGAGUCGGUGACAGAUCCCAGCGUGGGACACAAGUUGAGCCCAGUGAGCCCUCCUCCAGCUGUAGAGACUUGUGCCAGUGUUGGGGCCACCUACCUGGAGAACCUGCCGCUGCUGGAUGACAGCCCAGCUGGGAAUCCCUUUUCUCCCAGGGAACCUCCAGAACCCCGGGUAUCCACAGAACACACCAAUAACAGGAUUGAGAAAAUCUACAUCAUGAAGGCCGACACAGUGAUUGUGGGCUCUGUAAAAACUGAAGUCCCCGAGGGCCGGGCUCCAGUAGGCUCUACAGAGUCUGAGUUGGAAGCUGAACUAGAAGUGGACCAUGCCCCCCAUUACCCGGAGCAGGAGACAGAACCACCUCUGGGCAGCUGCACUGAGGUCAUGUUCUCGGUGGAGGAAGGAGGAAAAGAGGACCAUGGGCCCACGACUGUCUCUGAGAAGUGA